AUGCUGUCAUGUACACCCUCUUCCAUUUCCCUCUUUUCCAUCUCAAAACUCACAAUUUCGACCUCACCUUCGAAUCAAUCCAUUCAAUUCCAAUUGGUAACCCCUCGAAUUUUCCUCUGCAAAAACUUCUCAUCGACACUGGCGGUCUCUCGCUCCGGAAACACUUCUAUAAGUAAUGAUAGCCAGCCAUCUGUAAUUCUGGACAGCCUCAGAGUCCUCGAAUGGGACCAGCUAUGCGACACCGUUGCUUCCUUUGCCGGCACUUCUCUCGGCAAACAAGCCGCCAAGGAGCAAUUAUGGAAUUUGAAUAAGACGUUUGAUGAAAGUGUGAAACUAUUAAAGGAAACCGAUGCGGCUGUGGAAAUGCAUAAAUAUGGUGCAAUGACGGAUUUUUCUGGAAUUGAUAUCAGUUUAGUGAAAACUGCUAUUCAAUGUGCUGGUAGUGGUUUUCCCAUGAGUGGGAAUGAAGCACUGGCACUUUUAUCCCUGCUACAGUUCGCAGAAGCCUUGCAGUUAAAUGUCAAAGCCGCAACUAAGGAAGAUUCAGAGUGGUAUCAACGGUUUAUGCCGCUUUCUGGAAUGAUUUUGGAACUGGUAGUAAGUCAAUCAUUAAUCAAGUUUAUACAGCAACUAAUAGAUGAAGAUGGUUCUGUUAAAGAUUCUGCGAGUUCCACUUUGAGACAGGCUCGCGAUCAAGUCCGGUUUCUUGAAAGAAAGUUAUACCAGUUGCUUGAGAGUAUGAUUAGGAAUGAAGCGAAAGAAACAUCCAUUUUGGAAUUAAGUAAUAUUGAUGGAAGAUGGUGCAUAAAGUCAGGGGCUGAUAUUCGACCAAGUUUUGAGGGACUAUUGCUUUCUAGUGAUUCAGGUGGAGGAAGCGUUUUAGAGCCUCUUUCUGCUGUAUCAUUGAAUGAUGAAUUGCAACGAGCCAUGGCGUCUGUGGCAAAGGCAGAGUCGGAAGUGCUCUUAAAGAUAACAAAUAAGGUACAAAAGGACAUCAGUGACAUUGAACAUGUAUUUAAUGUCAUGAUUCAAAUGGAUAUGAUCAAUGCUAGAGCACGAUACAGUCUUUUAUUUGAUGGUUCACGCCCAGAAUUAUAUUUGCCACAAGAUAAGGAUAGCGGUCUUACUGCAGAUGCACUGCCAGACAACAAAACUUUAAUGACAUCACAACAUAGUCAGGAGAAAUGGACUUUGUAUUUGCCAAAAGCUUAUCAUCCUUUGUUACUUCAACAACAUCGUCACGAUUUACGCGAGGCCAUGAAGGAUGUCAGUAAUGCUAACGCUGAACUCAGGAGGAGAAAACAGCAAGGAGGAAAUGUGUUGUGGAAAGAGGAAAUAAGUUUGAAGAUAUCAUCUUUGCAAAUGCAGGUUUCUAAGCUGAAACAAACUCCCCCAGUACCCUUUGACAUAUUCAUACCUUGGAAUACUAAAGUUGUCAUCAUAACUGGCCCCAAUACCGGGGGAAAAACCAUUUGCUUGAAGACGGUUGGUUUGGCUGCUAUGAUGGCAAAAUCAGGUCUCUAUGUGUUAACUUCAGAACCAGUAAAGAUCCCAUGGUUUGAUUCUGUAUUUGCAGACAUUGGCGAUGAACAGUCCCUAUCUCAAUCUUUAUCUACCUUUUCUGGCCAUCUGAAACAAAUUAGUGAAAUCAAGUCCCACUCAACUGACCUGUCAUUAGUGCUAUUAGAUGAAGUAGGUGCAGGGACAAAUCCACUAGAAGGAGCUGCACUUGGGAUGUCUUUGCUGGAAUCUUUUGCAGAAACUGGAGCCUUACUAACAAUUGCUUCCACACAUCACGGAGAGCUUAAAACGCUAAAAUACAGCAAUGAUGCCUUUGAAAAUGCGUGCAUGGAGUUUGAUGAAGUGAACUUGAAGCCAACUUAUAGAAUUCUUUGGGGAAUACCAGGACGUUCAAAUGCAAUUAAUAUUGCUGAAAGACUUGGGAUACCAAAUGAGAUUCUGGAUGAUGCUCGUGAACUUUAUGGAGCAGCUAGUGCCGAAAUUAACGAGAUCAUAGUUGACAUGGAAAGAUCCAAGCAGAACUUUCACAAAAAGGUUCACGAAGCACGACACAAUCUGAUGCUCUCAAAGAAUCUUCAUCACAAACUACUGGUGACCAGAAAGAAAAUAGUGGAACACGGCAUUGAAGAAAGAUACAGGAUGAUGCAAGAAGUAUCUGAGGCAGCAGCUGCGGCACGUUCCAUUCUUCACAAGAAACUGCGAAUAUAUCGCUCAUUUCCUAAUCAACCUACAGAGUUUAUGACUGCUGAAAACAGCAGGCAUAAUUCGACAAUUAAUGACCAUUCUACAAGCCCGGAAGAAAAUGAACCUUCUGCAGCAAUUGGGACCGCAGAGUCAUUGAAUAAUGCAACGCAAUCAGUUGCAGAAAAGAAGCGUGGGCCACCCUCUAUUGGUGAUAUGGUGAAUGUUCCUUCCCUAAACAAGAAAGCAACUGUUCUAAAAGUGGAGCCAUCUAGAGGAGAAAUAGUAGUUAUGGCUGGUAACAUGAAGUUGAAGUUAAAACUAUCUGAUGUUGUACCCUGA